AUGCCUGUGUGCAGUGAUGAACUCGUACCAUAUACCACUGCCCAGCGACCGUAUAAAAUCGUUCUCUUCCUUCUUCAAGUUGCGCAGACCAGCCAACUCGUCAAGAUGUCGAACGACUCCAACAUGAAGCUCUGCGCCUUGCUUUUCGGUGAAGCUGGUCACAUCAUCACUGCCACUCCUAGUCUCGGUCUUCGUACAAAAGUUGAAGUACGCGUGGGAACGGCCACCCCUCCCUGUGUGAAUCCUUACUUUGGGUUCACCCUGAUCUUUUCUCGUGACCUUGGCCAGGUCACGAGUGAAAAAGAGGGGAGGGGUGUGUGCUAUGCAUACGAUCCCAGCAGCGACAAGCCUGUUCCGUCAGACUUCACCAUCACAGUAAAGUUUCCGCGCGGGAGUAUUUCCUGCAGUUUCACCUACCUUAUUGUGAGACUUGACGAUUCUUCCCAUCCAACGAUCGAGGGCUACAGACAGGAGUAUUUCAACUCUCCCGACCCUAAACUCCAAGGGUGGGUGAAUUACCACGGUAAAAUCAACAAUGUGUCGUUUCUCGAGGUGCUACACCAGCGCGCCUUCUCCUUCAUCGUCGAACUCCCUAUCGCGUCAUGUAGGGAGAGCAUGGGGGACCAAAAUCUCCCUGGGCUAUUUACAUAUGGCUACCCAUGCCAGCCAGCCGACGUUCAAGAAAUGAAGGCCCUCGUUGACAAGAAAAGAGGCAGAGCUUUCCCCCCUUGUUAUGCCUUUGACAACGACAACGCGCAUAUCACGGCCAUAAACCAAAGCGUUAUGCAGGACACUCUCUGGGUACACCGGGAAGCUGAGCUAAUUGCCGAAGAACGACUACUUGCAUACUUUGUCACACCAAUUCGUGUGAUCUCAGAAUGCCAUGUCGUCCACCUUGUGAUCCCCGUGCCUAAGGCAUGGAGAGAACUCCAUGAUCUCGCAUGGCUGCGGCUGACUGCAGGCAAUCCUCUCACCAAAAACACAUCCGAUUCAGGACCACGAGCUUAUCAAGUGGAAAGAAAGGUCAACAACAUGCGUAUGUUUGCGCCAUCCGCACUCCCAACAAACCGAAAGGCGUGGCGCAUGGCUUUGGACGGUGCGGGAAAUCUCAUUGCAACGCAUAUGCUCAAUACGAACCAAAGGCAGACGUACGAUAGGGUAAUGUUCCAGAUGGAUUUGCAUAGGACCGUUGUUCGCGGUACGGGCUUCUACGAAGUGCUAUCCAGAAAGACAAACGGCUUGAGCAUUGGCGCCCUGCCUAGUAUGUGUUACAGACUGUAUGAUGAUCGCCGGUACCAUCACAGAAAGCGCUUUCGCGAGUAUUUGAUGGGUCGUGAGCUCAACAUUGGUCUCAUCAUUGGCCCACCAGGAUCCGGAAAGACAACCUUCGGAGCUGCAGCAGCCCUGACGAUGCAGGUUCAGCUCGGCCAGAUGCUGUGUUCUGGUCCCUCACAUGCGUCGAUAGAUAUUUUUGCGCAUCGCCUGGACCAGAGAGCACGAGCGGUAGCCGCAAGAUACAACACGGUCAUGCCUGCGGGCGAUGCGGAGAGAUGCCACCAUCGCCUUGUCAUCCGAAUUUACAGGCCUGGCGACGACAUCAACGCCGUUACCCAGCUAUUGAGGGACACUCAGGAUGUUGAUUGGGCUGCCCGCAGGGGUGAGUUCUUCCCAGAAAGUCACUGGAAGCUACAUCUUUCUUUGGCGUACUGGUUCUUGGUAGUCCUGCGCUCGAACGCCGUACCACCGCUCCACGUAGACUCUAAGCCAGGACUAGUAAAUCUCCAGGCCGAUAUCGACACACGUCCCACUCUGUUGUAUCUACGUCAGUGGGCGACUGGGCAGAUCAGUUCGCAGCAAUACGCCGCCACCCCCGGCGCUGUUUCCAAUAUUGAUGAUGUGUUGUGUGAAAUUAUGUGCCAGGCCGACUUUCUCUGUAUGCAUCCUUCCGAUGCUGAAGUCUCACCUAUCACUCAUUGGAAGAGAACUCUUGCCCGAGGCCUUGCAGUUGAUGAAGCUGGUAGCAUGAGCCGGGCCGACUUCUACGGUCUCUGGGGGAAUACCCUUCUUCCUUGCUUCCUUGUUGGCGACCCUAAUAAGAACCCUAUGGUGCUUACAACCGAUGAGAAGGAUGCCGAUGGCAACUUAUAUAGCCGUUUCGCGGCAGAUGGUGCCGUUUCGCCUCUGAAAUUUCUUAUGGCAUCUGGCAUCCCCGUCUUCCGCUUGGAGGAUUCUACGCGGCGCUAA